UCAGUCGGAAAAUCUGUAUUGACGCUUGAACCUCGCAUUUUGCGCACGUCACGCUUAUAAUUAUAAUUUCUGUACAGAUCUGGUUUAGAUAGCACUCGCGAUAUCGACAUUCUAACGGCACUGGUGGAAUACACAUGUUAUCGAGAUAUUAUUGACAUUAAUGACAACGUACAGAGAUAUAAGGGGCAAGUAAUAUCUGAACAGAGAUAGUGUUACGCCAGACUGGCCCCGUGAUUAUUUUUGCAAAGAAAAUAAAAGUGUGAUUUAAGUGAAAUUCGCAAAUUAUCAUAUACACAAUGCGAUUGUGGAUAUUAUUAUCUGCGCUUUUAUUAGUCGCAAUAUUUGCGUCAGAAGCUUUUGCGAAACAAUCAAACAAAGAUGUGGAAUCUAAAGCCGAUAAUGACAAACGACAAGUUAAUGUAGAAUAUAACACAAGAAAUAAACAAUCGAAAAGAAAAGACAAACAUGAUAAAGAACAAAAACAGAAAAAGAGUAGCUUGGAACGAAAUGUUGAAACUCCUUCCGAAAAAUAUUCAGAAGCAAAAAAUUCUAAUGAAUCAGAGCAGAAAUCAAAAAACAAACGAAACAAACGUGAGGAAAAUAUUAAAGUGAUAAGCAAAGGAAUAAAUUCCGAAGAUAAACCGAAACAUGCGAAAGAUAAGACAAAAACGGAAAUAAAUAAACAAAAUAAGAAAGAUAAGAACGUCAAAGAACAAUCGAAAGAAUCUAAGAAGCAUUUUGAAAUUUCUCAGAAUUCUGAGAUUCGCCAAAAAUUGGAGAAAAACUUGAAAGAAGGAAAGAACAAGAAAAAAUCGAAAAAUAUUGAAAAAGUAAAAAACAUCAAAGAAGGUGAGGUUCAAAACAAAAGAGUAAAGCGUUCCAAAUCAGAACAUUCUGAAAACGCUCAGGAUGUUGUUGAUAAACAAAAUAAAAAUACAAAGUAUGAUAGAAAAAAGAAACAAGAAGUACCUAGAAAGACGGAGUCCGAAAUAACUGAGGAAGAAUUAGUCGAAACUGAUUUAUCUGAGGAUUCCGAACAAGAAAAAAAUAUACACAAGAAGGAGAAACAAAAGGCUCAGAAAAUAUCGAAGGAAAGUAAGAAAAAACGAAAGACAGUGGAAGAGAAAAAGGAAACCGAAGAGGAACAAGCAGCAAAUCCCAUCGAAGAAGAUGAAACUGUAAAUAAAAUAGAAAAUUUAAAAGAAAAGGAAACGAUAAAACAAAGCGAGACAGAAAACGAAGAAAAUUGUCCAGUUCAAGAUGAACAAGACAAAAAAUGUACAGUAUUUAAACAAUAAUAUUGUAAUAUUUUGAUAUAACAUUUAAAAACAUUAUAAUAUCGAAAGAAGAAAAGACAUAAACUGUGUAUAACUUUA